UAGUUGCAAUGUUGAGCUCAUGGAAGCAAUAAUGUAUAAGUAAUCUUCACUGCUAUAUGAAUUAGCAUAAAAUUUUGUUUGUAGUGUCAAGACGCAUUUUUCACGUCACUCUUGGCUCUGGGCCCAAUACCAGCAUGUUUUUUUUGUACAGGGAGUGACGCAAGUGUGAUGGCAGGAUGAGGGUGGGAUGCCAGGGUAAAGCUGGGGCACUUGGCACUGUGCCUGGGCGGCCGUGGGUGCCGCAGCUCCUAUUGGCCCCAGUGUGUCGCGGCUUCCAUGUGCUCUACACCCUCGUCCUUCCACCACUUGUGCUCGGGCAUUGUCGUGCGACUAUCACCGUCAAUCGAAUUCUAACUAUACUUUGUGGAUGUUGUGAAGUUAAAAAAAGAUGAAGUGCAUUGAAGAAUUGUGCUUAAUAUUUUGUAAUAAAAUGAAAUGAAUAGAAAACAUCUACAAAGUGGUGUUAGAUAACCUUUGAGUGAGUGUAAAUAUUUUGAAAAUUAUAAAAGUGUAUGGUGAAAUUUGUGCUUAAAUAGUGAAAAACAAUGUGUGCAAUGAGGAAUAACAAGAGGAACUCGCUCCCUUCCCUGAGCUUGAACAAGUUCUUUGUCAACAAAAGAGCUUCUAUGUUUGAACGACAUGAUGAAACUUCCCGAGAGAAGAGAGAAUGGAGUCCCUGUGGUGUUGUCGAAACUUCUCAGCGGAAGAUGGAAGCACGGAAGGAGAAAGAGAAGAAGGGGGAGAUGAGGGCACGUCUUAAGCGGCAGGCAGACCCUUAUGCUGAAGAAAGUAGUGAUGCAGAGGAGGAGGAGAUGCCAGCUUCAGUGACAUCUGACAAGGAAUCCAAAAAUGAGUCAAAACCGUGUGGUCAUGCCAGUAGGUCCGUCAACUUGAAUCUGGUGAAGAAGGCACUAAAGCAAGGUCAGGAGAUUGGUGAAUGCACUCAGUGUCGCAAGGGCCACCAGAUACAACUGAAAGAUGAAGAAUGUAAUCCUGUCCUGGAUUCCUACGAACCAGUAAUUUGGCUGUGCCUUUAUUGUGGACAUCAGGGUUGUGAUCGCAACACACAAGAACAACACUCUCUUCUCCAUUACCGAACUCCACGCUCUGACCCUCACUGCCUCAUACUCAGCACCCAGGCUUGGAAUGUGUGGUGUUAUGACUGUGACUCAGAGGUUCAUCAAACUAGUUCCAAAAAACUUCAUGAAAUUGUAGAAUAUAUUAAGAGGCAAAAAGAUAUGGCACCACGGCGCUCAGCCACCACAAGACCUGUUGUUAAUUCAUCACAUUCAUGUGGCCCAGAUUCUGGUUCAGUCACUGUUGCCAAAGGUUCUCUGUCAUCUUUUGAUGACAACUCUAAAGCAGCUAAAAACCAACGGAAUGUACAAGCCAGUGUUCUUGCAUCUUUACCAAAAGUAAAGGGUUUAAGCAACUUAGGAAAUACAUGCUUCUUCAACUCCGUAAUGCAGAGUCUCUCGCAGACACAUUUCCUUACCCAGUUACUGGACGUUCAGUGCCAGAGUGGUCAGCGGGUGUACCUCCCUGGUCGCCUAAAGUCUUCAGACAUAUAUUCUGAAGGUAAAAGUAAUGGGGAGCUCUAUCAAGAGAAAUACAUGACAGAAAAUGGUCGAGUUAAGCAGAAACAAAAAGAAUAUGUACAAGGAAAUGAAGAUGAAGAUGAUGUCGAGUUGAAACCUCUGGACUUAAUUCUUCCUGAAGGUGGAGGACUGACACUUGCUACUGCAGCAUUCCUCAAAGACAUGCAUUCAAUUGGCAAAAAUCCAACUCUAAACCCUGGUCAUCUGUUUGGCCAGUUGCACGGAAUGGAUGCAUCAAUCUGUAAGAAAAGCACGCAGUUCCAAGGCUACGAACAACAAGACGCACACGAACUCCUACGCUGUCUCCUCGAAGCAAUACGCAAUGAAGAAAUUUUAAGAGCAAAGAGGGCUAUUUUACGAGCCUUUGCACUUUCAGAAAAGACGGACCCUAACACUGUGAAUCCACGACUGAAGACGAUGAUUAAGGGAUACGGGAGACAAGCAACACACACAUUGGUUGAUCAGAUUUUUGGAGGUCAUUUAAUUAGUACUGUUUUCUGUGAGGAGUGUCACUGGUCUUCACAGGUGUUUGAACCCAUGAUGGACUUGUCACUCCCAAUCAAUGAAGAAAAGGGAAAACCCAAAAAACUAUCCCAAGAUGAGGAGAGUGUUUUUGACUGUUUUGGAAGGCCUACUAGCAAUAACUCAGUCUCCAAACACCAGUUGAAGAAACAGAAAAAAGCAGAAAAGAAACAACACAGAAGUACAAAAAGGCACAGCAAAGGUGGAAGCCUAGCACCAUCUUGUAUGCGAGCCAACACUGAGGAUAACGAAGAAGACCUAAGUAAAAAGUCUACGUUAGAAAAUGAAAGAGUAAAACGGCGAAUAACAGAGAAGAGUCGACCAGAAGAUGUUGAGGAGCGAGCCAGGAGAGAGGAGGAGAGGAAAACUGUGAUGGGGGAUACAAAAGAAAUGCAGAAGAGAGGAGAGAGUUCCAAAUUCAAGCAGCUGACGGCAGCAAAGAAAGCUGGGAUAAGGGGUAACCUAAGUGAUGGAGAAGAAAGUGAUGAAGAUUCUGAAUAUGAUAUGGAAGAAGAUGAAGAAGAUGAGUCUCUUGUGGGAAAAAUUGACAGUGGGAAUGAAAAUAAGAAAGCAGCUUCAUCUAAUAACUUACAUGAAGGCAAAGAUAGUGAAGAAACAGUAAAAGAGAAGACGGAUGAAAGGAAAGUAGAGAGAGUUAUAGAAACAAGAAAGGAUGAAUAUAAUGAAAAAGGGGAUAAUGAAAUUGAUGAGGUUGAAUCUGAAGAUGAAGAUGAUUCUGAAGACGAAGAAACUGAAAAUGAAAGUAAGGUCAACAAUGAAAGUGACAUUGCCAGUUCCAAGAAAAAAGGAUCAUCUACAGAAAUCAGUGAUGCUGAUAUUGAAGACAAUACAGACUCGGAAAGAGUUAGGCACAAGUAUCAUAACACUCGGCAGCCUUCCAUAGUUGUUGAACAGUCAGAAAAUGAAACCAAAACAAGUAACGACGGAAUUGUUCCUAAUCAUAGAGAGAGUUACAGCUACAUAUUCACCUAUAAUCUUAUAUUUUAUAGAAGAAAACCGGCCAAUAAACCCCGUCCAUCACUACUUUUCAGAUGCUUGAAGACUUGCUAUUCCAGUGACCAGCUGAACUAUAAUUCUGCCUCGGACACAUCUGAGAGAUAUUUCACCCCUUAUGAGAGAGACUGUAAUGGCCUAGAUACUGGUGAUGACCUGGACAACUUUCAUGAUCCCAUGGAGAGAGCAGACAAUAUAUCUAUAAGGUCAGAUAACACUACAAACACAAGUGGUAAGGCUUCUUCUAGCAUAACUGGGGACACCUUCUCCAUAUCCAGUGGUGACACUAUCAACAACUUUGAUGGAACAAUGGAACACAAGGGUAAAAGGGGAGACAACAAUAAAAGCAGAAAGCCAACACACCAGGUUCUGAAUGAAAGAAGAAUCCAUUGUGUAGAUCAGCUUCUCUUUAUAGGGAAAUUGUGUACCAGUUUAGGGUCAGGCUCUAAGUCAAGUUCCUGGUUUGUAUUGGUCCCAGUAGACCAAGCACACAUGGAUGAAAUGUGCUUAAAAGUCAAAGAACUGAAGAUUCAGGAAGUCCAGCAUUACCAGUGCCUUAACCAAGAGUGUUCUGUCAUGUCAUGUCUCACCAACUUUACUGCACCAGAACUUCUAACUGGUAAUAACAAGAUCACUUGUGAAAAUUGUACCAAGGUUCACAAUCAGCUUCAUCCAGAUGACCCAAAGGAAUCAGUGAAGAGUAAUGCCAGCAAGCAGAUGCUAAUACUAUCACCACCUGCUGUGCUCACGCUGCAGCUGAAACGCUUUCAUCACCAGGGUUUUAAUCUUACCAAGGUUAACCGUUACGUCCAGUUCCCAUUAGUCCUUGAUAUUGCUCCAUUCACCUCUUCAAUCUCUCUGGGUUUGGGCAAUAUGUCACGAGGACAAAAACAAGUGUUGUAUGGUCUUUAUGGGGUUGUAGAACACUCUGGUCGUCUGAACUCUGGCCACUACGUUGCAUAUGUCCGCUCCCGUCCACUUGAUCCUGCUCACACCAACAAGCAAUAUCUCAACUUGAAGCCUUCAAGUCAGUUUGAGAUUGAUCACUUGGUAGCAGAAAUGGCAGAAAAAAUUGAUGCCUCAACUGGUACUUUAGGAACUGACCUAAAGAGCUCACCUGGAAACAAAACCUCAGUCAGUCUAGAAGAAUAUGAAGAGGAAGUGAAGGCUGGACGAUGGUUUCAUGUUUCUGACACUUAUGUUGCUGAGGUCAACAUUGAUCGUGUCCUGAAAGCCCAAGCAUACUUACUCUUCUAUGAACGUCUCGUCUGAACAUAGUAGGAGAUAGAAUGUACAUAGUAUGUCAGAUUUGCUUAUUUGUACAUGCAAUAAAUAUUUAUUUGUACAUUUUUCACUGGUAAUAUGUAUAGCUGAGUUACUUCAUUGCCUACUGUUGUUUGGUAAUAGGCUAUGAUGAUUAUUUUUAAAAGUGAAAGUUGGUGUACAGGUGAAUGCCAUUCUUUGACAGCUUCCUAUAAGUAGUACAAAGUGAUGUUACUCAAGUUUUUUUAUUUUUAUCAAAUUAAAAAAUCAAGACAGCGAUAGAACAUACUUUGGAUAAUGUCUGUAGAGUACAGGGUGUAUUGAUAGUUGGCAAAUGUGGACUGAGAAGACUUCUAUUUAGUUUCCCUUGUGUCUGUUGGAGGAAGCAAUUUUUUCAUUGACUUUUCGAAGUAAAAACGAACAUACAGAUGGUACAAGAUGCUCUCUACAACUACACCACCACAUUGAUAGUUAUUUUCUUCAUGAAUACAAGGGCGGAUCCAGGGGAGGGGGGUCCCCCCCUUUACACCAUAAAUUUCCUAUACCUUUUCUUUAAUGCAGUAUUGUACUGGGUGGGCUCACUGCACUCACCAUGUUACCCCACCCACCACUUCUUGGACCCCUCCCUAUUUGAUAUUCCUGGAUCUGCCCCACUAAUAUGUAGCAAUCUUGUAUGUUAAGUUAUAGUAAAAAAAAUUCUUUCCUUUUAAAGUUAAUCAUAGAAUCUUUGUAAUCUUUGCAGCUUCUUAAAGCCACUUGUGCAGAAAAUGUAUUAGGAAUGUGUGCAUGAUUCCAAAAAAUAAUCCAUUUGUUAGCAGCAUUUUGUGAUCAGGAUGAAAAUCAGGAACUGAUUUUGGCUUUUGCUAUUUUAUUAGUGUGAAGUACCAAUUUCUCUUGGAAUACUUUAUAUAAUUGAAACUUAACAUCGCACAUUAGUUAAAUUUUGUGUCUUGCAUAAUCGUGAAAAUAUCCUUGUUAUAUGUGAAAUAUAACUUUUUAAAAUUUUGUCUUCCAUAGCAUUAUGCAAUUUCCCUAAAGAAUAUGGUUUCUCCAUUACAGUGUUCGUCAUUCAGUCAGUUUGGCUUCAGUUUUUAUUUUAUAUACUAUAGACGACAAUAGAGACUUACCAGCAGUUAUCAGACUAUGAUCUGUGAUAAAGGCAAUAUUAUGUAUUUAUUAUUUUUGUUGUGGUUGUGAUUGAUACUGUAGUACAUGAUGUGCUCCAGAUAAUUCAUGGAAGCACUAUAAUGAAAGAACUUACCAUACCCAUCAAGGAUUCCUUUUUACUAAUGAUAAUUAUUUUUAGGUCAUGUUCACACCUUUGAUGCUUUACUAUUUUUUUUAUUUAUUUAUUUUUUAUUCAUAAGUCAUUUUUUUCAUAGAACUUCAGUAGAAGCACUUAAAUUUGGAAUGCAGCUUCAUGCUUCUUCCCCUCCCCCUUACCAAUCUUGUAACCAUUAAAAAUGACAGAAAAUUA